AUGGCGGCCACGCCAUGGCUGAUGCUUCUCUUCCUCAGCCUCGGCGCCGGAGGCGUACUGCAAGCUCGUGCCCAGCCUGACAGCAAUGGAUUCAUAAGCAUAGACUGCGGAACGCAGGGGAAGGAGGGCUACGUGGACACGGCCACCAAGCUCUUGUACUACCCGGACACGGGCUUCACCGACGGCGCCGGCAUCAGCCGCAACAUUUCGGCCGACUACAUAACACCGUCCUUGUGCAAGUGCUUGUAUACCGUCCGCAGCUUCGCAUCCGGCGUGCGGAACUGCUAUACGCUCCGCUCCCUCCUGCCCGGGCUCAAGUAUCUCAUCCGGGCCAAGUUCAUGUACGGCAACUACGACAGCCUCCGGCGGCCACCCAUCUUUGACCUGCACAUCGGCGUCAACUACUGGCAAACCGUGAACAUCACGAAGCCGGACACGGAGAAGUCCGUGGAGGCCAUCGUCAUGGUGCCAAACGACUUCUUGCAAGUUUGCCUCAUCAACACGGGUGCUGGAACGCCCUUCAUCUCUUUGCUGGAGCUCAGGCCGCUCAAAAAGACGAUGUACCCACAGGUGACUGCGGCACAGGGGCUCGUCCUCUCAGACAGGAUCAACUUCGGCCGUGAUCGAUCGGUCAGGUAUCCCGACGAUCCACAUGACAGAAUAUGGACACAUUUGGUUGAACCUACCGAUAUAUCAACGACGGAGAAGCUUGCUCAUUUAGCUUUGUCAGAAGAGCGCAUAGCCCCCAUCUUCCAGCUAGGAUCAAUAAACAACUCUGUGGAUCCACACAAUGAAACCAUGAUGAGAUAUGUGUCAGGAAACGAUGUUCAUAGGGACAAUUCCUCACUGCAUCGACUUGAGAGUCGUCAAUUCACGUACGAGGAGCUCAAGAUGAUAACAAACAACUUCCAACGAGUACUUGGCCAGGGAGGGUUCGGGUACGUCUAUGAUGGUUUUCAAGAGGAUGGCACCCAUGUGGCGGUGAAGUUACAGUCUCAUUCUUCCAGUCAAGGUGUCAAGGAGUUCCUUGCAGAGGCUCAUAUUUUGACACGAAUUCAUCAUAAAAAUCUUGUAACCAUGAUUGGUUACUGCAAAGAUGGGAAAUACAUGGCACUCGUCUACGAGUACAUGUCAGAAGGAACCCUACAUGAGCAUAUUGAAGGAAGUAAACGCGAUGGAGGAUGUUUAUCAUGGAGUCAAAGACUCCGGAUUGCACUUGAAUCUGCACAAGGGUUGGAGUAUCUACACAAGGGGUGCAACCCGCCUAUAAUUCAUAGGGAUAUAAAGGCCACCAACAUCCUCUUGAAUGUGAGGCUAGAGGCUAAGAUUGCGGACUUCGGCUUGUCCAAGGCCUUCAAUGGUGGCGAUGAUUACGCAUCCACAAUGACACUCGUUGGCACACCCGGAUACGUCGACCCCGAGUACCUGGCGACGAUGCAGCCAACAACUAAAAGCGAUGUGUAUAACUUCGGUGUCAUGCUGCUGGAACUGGUCACAGGGAAGACUGCCAUACUUGUGGUUGAUGCGCGUAUGUGUGGCAUUUAUGAUGUUAACAGUGUGUGGAAAAUGGUGGAAAUGGCACUCAAGUGCACUGCAUAUGUGUCACCGCAACGACCCACCAUGACCGGUGUGGUGGCUCAGUUGCAAGAGUGCAUGGAGCUCGAGGAAGGCAGCAUAUAUAGUUGA